AUGAAUCAACCGCAGUCCGCCAUGACAACCACACUCAAGAGAGGAGUAACUAUCAACCCAACUGUCGAAGUUGCAGAAAUUUUGAGCAUCUAUGAUUACACCCCCAGCGAGAUCGCAGCUGCUUGGUACAAUGAAGACGACAUGGACAAAAUCACCCGACGGUGCUUCAAAGUACUACAAAGAAUGGAAGAAUGUGGAGGAACCAAGAACCAUGGCCAAAGGCAUUGCACUCGGGGUCUUGAAGGGCACACUACGCUAGGAUCCAUCAGUAAAAAGGAAACAAGAAUAGCUUCGUUCGUAGCAGUACUGGACGAACAAGAAAAGCAAUGGAACGAGAACAAAGAUUUUGAUUUCCAAGCCAUUUCAGAUGCAUACAGAAAAACUAGCUCAAGCAGCCAAAUGUGGGCUCAAGUCAUUGGCAACCAAGACCGACAGGCCGCAGAUGCUUAUCUUUACGAAGAUGAAGAAGAGGACGUCGAUGUUGAUG